AUGGCCCCCCAGGUUCGCUUCAACUCCUUCGGAAUCCCCUACCUCGUCGAGUUCGCGAACGUAACGUUCCGCCCGCGCUCGCGGAAAGCUUCGCGCUCUUCGCGUUCGGGGUCCGUUACACCCACCGCGAUUUUGCACAAGCCCUCAUUCGAUUCGCGCCCGUCGUUUGACUCGACCGUGACCUCCUCGAAGGCGUCGCUCGACGUGUACUCCCACUCGCGCCCCAUUCUGAACAUCCACCCCUCGGUGCACCUCAACCGCGCUUCGAGCCGGCUCUCCUUCGAGUCGGACUGGACUUUCGCAACCGCGUCCUCCGAGACCCUCGCCGCCGCCGCCGCUCCAAAGUCGAUGGCCAAGGGCAGAGCGCAGCACAAGCGCGACCCCAAGCUCGCACCUGUCCCCACGCCUCCGUUCUCGCCGAUCUCACCCAUCCUCGCUACGGAGCCCCGGAUCGUGAUCGAGAGCGAGAUCGACACCCGCGGGCAGGAGGGCGAACGAGAGGGGCAAGGGCUGCUCAUCCGCUUCGCGUCGCAGGCAGCGCAGCCCCCUCGGAAGCUCUCCGAGCACCGGCUCGCGCGCCUCAAGUACCGCAUCGCCAAAGCCGUCAUGGCCGCCGGCAUGCACACGUCGCCGUCGCCCGAGUUUGGGGUAGACGAGAACGAGAACGCGGGCGCGUACGCGAGCACACCGCGCGAGUCGUACGCGUCCAUCGGGAGCAUCUACUCGGACGAGGUUGAGCAGAGCGGGCUGCCCGGCUCGCUCUUCCGUGGCACAUAUGGGCAGGUCAUGAACGCCCUCCACGGGGCAGGGCUCACCGCGAGCCCGUGCAAGGAGUCCGGCCUUGAGUAUGCCACGUGUGUCGGGGCGCUAUUCGUCGCGCACCAGAACGCGUAUGGAGGCGUGGACUUCACGAAGCUCACGUUGUGGGCGUGA